ACGAGAACAUGGCGAAUUCAGUGUUCGGAUCUCUACGGGCAUGCUCCGGCGGAGAUUCCCCCGCGAUGGAUUUCGAGAGGGAUAAAGAUUCAGGACAUCACGGACGGAACAAAACCGGCUCUCCGCCACUUCAAACUCAGCUCUCCCAACAGAGUAUGGAGGGAAUUAAAGUUUAUUUGCACGAGAAAGAUCUGUGGGCCAAAUUUCAUGAUGUCACUACAGAGAUGAUCAUCACCAAGGCUGGCCGACGCAUGUUUCCCAGCUACAAAGUGAAGGUAACAGGCUUAAACCCCAAAGCAAAAUACAUCUUGCUGAUGGACAUUGUUUCAGCAGACGAGCAUCGAUAUAAGUUUGCAGAUAACAAAUGGUCCAUCAGUGGUAAAGCUGAGCCGGCGAUUCCAGGCCGCCUGUAUGUGCACCCAGACUCCCCGGCUUCAGGAGCUCACUGGAUGAGGCAGCUCGUCUCUUUCCAGAAGCUCAAACUCACCAACAACCACCUGGACCCUUUCGGACAUAUCAUUUUAAAUUCCAUGCAUAAAUACCAGCCGCGUUUGCACAUUGUGAAGGCAGACGAGAGGAACAGCUUCGGCUCCAGCAACACCAGUUUCUGCACACACUCCUUUCCAGAGACCACCUUCAUUGCUGUGACUUCCUACCAGAACCACACCAUCACUCAGCUGAAGAUUGAGAAUAAUCCAUUUGCAAAAGGUUUCCGUGGAAAUGAUGAUAUUGAAUUGCAUCGCAUGUCCCGUACACCAAGUAAGGAGUAUCCACUUGUGCCACGCAGCACGGCGAGGCAGCGUGCAGCUCCACCAUCUCCUGACUGUCUCUCUCGGUCUGAAUAUACUGUGACACAAAAACCCAGCCCUGGCUUCAGCUGCUCCGACACAUCAGGUGAUCAGAGCCUCGCUGAAACUCCUAGCACUCAUGACCCAGCUUACCCCCUUUUCAGCUACCAGCUCUCUCCAGAUGUGCCCCCCUGCAGUAUGGACACCACGCAGCACCAGCCCUGCAUGUACGGAGGCUCUCAGGUGGGCAUGGAGGAGCUCAGGUGGGCCUCUUAUUCAGACAGCACAACUUACCAAAGCUUUUCUUCUGCUAAAGAAAUGAGUGGGACUUUUGUUCCCCCCGCUGACCUCUCUCAGGAACUUUAUCCUCAGUACACCUGCGAGGUGGGAGUCCAGUCACACUGCAUGAUGACUGACUUCUCACUUUAUGCCUGCAAUCGGUCGUUCAGUCAAAACCAGCAGCCAAACAACUGGUGUGGGGGGAGCUGA